AUGGGUAUCUCGAGAAUCUCUCCCGUCGUCGCGGCCCUCGUGUCGGCUGCUACCGUCGCCGCUCACGGUCACGUUGAUCACAUCGUCGUCGACGGACUCUUCUACCAGGGUUACGACCCAACUAGCUUCCCUUAUCAGCAGAAGCCUCCCACCGUCGUCGGCUGGACUACCUCUCAGACCGACAACGGUUUCGUCGAGCCUAACAGCUUCGGCACUGCUGACAUCAUCUGCCACAAGUCGGCCACUCCGGCAGGAGGUCAUGCUCAAGUCAAGGCUGGCGACAGCAUCAGCAUCAGCUGGAACACCUGGCCCGAAUCUCACAAGGGCCCCAUGAUCGACUACCUAGCGGCCUGCGAUGGCUCUUGCGAGAGCGUCGCCAAGGAGUCCCUCGAAUUCUUCAAGAUCGACGAGGUCGGCCUUAUCGACGACUCGGUGCAGAACGGUUUCUGGGGCUCUGACGAGCUGAUCAAGAAUAACAACACCUGGCUCGUCCAGAUCCCUUCCAACAUUAAGCCUGGCAACUACGUCCUCCGUCACGAAACCAUCGCGCUCCACUCCGCAGGCCAAGCAAACGGCGCUCAGGCCUAUCCUCAAUGCUUCAACCUCGAGAUCACCGGUGACGGCACCGAAGUACCUGCUGGUGUCUUGGGUACCAAGCUGUACUCUGCUCAGGACCCCGGCAUCGUCGUCAACAUCUACACCACCGGUCUCAGCUACACCAUCCCCGGCCCUGCUCUAAUUGCCGGCGCCUCCGCCUCCGUCCCUCAGACCUCAUCUGCCAUCACCGCUACCGGAACCGCGACCGUCGGAAACGGUGGCGCCGCCAGCCCUACCAGCCCCUCUGCUCCCACAACGACUGCUGCCCAGACCACCGCCGUGCAGACCACCGCCGCUCCUACCUCUAAGAAAACUUCCACCGUCGUCUCUACUCCUACAACCCUCGCCACGUCGACCCGCGUAGCAGCUCCCACCACUCCUACCACCGCCGCCGCUACUCCCACCGCCGCCCCGACCGGUGCCGUUGGCGUGCAGAGCCUGUACGGCCAGUGCGGCGGUAGCAACUUUGCCGGCCCUACUGCUUGCGCCGAGGGUGCUUGCAAGUCGUACAACCCGUACUAUUUCCAGUGCGUUGCCACUGCUUAA